UCUACACCUACAUACGUUAACACAGCUAUAAUAUAUUUAAUAAACGUUUAAUAUAAAUAUAAUGAUUCAUCGGAUUAAUUACAUCUUUGUAAUUACGUCUAUUGUUUGGGCAUCAUGCUUUUUAGUGAAAAGAACGGAGGGAUCGCUGACGCAACUGGAUUAUUGUCAUCAAAACAAGGACACUGCCAUCGCCUGCUGUACAUGUGUUUUCUAUCAUCAAUCAAGUAAUCCCAAUGAGUGUGACAAACCCUGUCCCCCGGACUAUUAUACAAUUUUCGAUAACAAAUACUUGUGCAAAGAAGAACAGCCAACAUCUACUGCCAUUCCAACGACAAAUCUGAACCCAACCACGCCAAAAGUCCCUGAUUCUUAUUAUUGUAUUCGCCAAUGUGCAUCAGGAGAAUACUAUGACAAACGACUUUUAAAAUGUCAAACAUGUCCGACACAUUGCCUUGAAUGCAAUGAUGAAAAGAAUUGCACAACUUGUUAUGUUAAACAUGAAAAUGAGUGCUUGCAAGAAUGUCCAGAAGGUUUUUCUAAGUCUGUAUAGAACAUUAAAGGUUCAAUCAUGUGUAAGGAGAGCGAAACCGUUAGUCAGAGCGAAAUAAUAGCCAUUGGAUCCGCCGUAGGAGUCGUUGUUCUGUUGGUUGGCUUUGCCAUAGUGAUAGUAAAGUUAAAACGCAGGACUGCUGGAAGAACGCAGCGGGACUCAGAAGACAGCAAUCAGAAUGCUGAACCCAACGAGGAAAGAACACCAAGCCGCGAGCAUAAAGAAGAAGAAUAUACGACCGUUACGAUUCCACCAUCUGACGAAAGCGAGCUGCCUGAUGAGAAUACUGAACCCACCAAGAAGAGAACACCAGGUCGUGUGCAAAAAGAAGAAGAAUAUAUGACCGUUACAAUUCCACCUGCUUGCAAAACAAAGCCGUCUGAGAUGAACACUAAAUCCAACAAGGAAAGACCCACAAGCCGCGAGCAUAAAGAAGAAGACUAUAUGACCGUUACAAUUCCACCAGCUGAAAGAUUAAAGGGUGAUCGGAACACUAAACCCACCAAAGAAAGAGCCACUAGCCGCGAGCAUAACGAAGAAGACUAUAUGACCGUUACAAUUCCACCAUCUGUCGAAACAAAGCCUGAUGAGAAUACUGAACCCACCAAGGAGAGAACACCAGGUCGUGUGCAAAAAGAAGAAGAAUAUAUGACCGUUACAAUUCCACCUGCUUGCAAAACAAAGCCGCCUGAUCUGAACACUAAAUCCAACAAGGAAAGACCCACAAGCCGCGAGCAUAAAGAAGAAGACUAUAUGACCGUUACAAUUCCACCAGCUGAAAGAUUAAAGGGUGAUCGGAACACUAAACCCAACUUGGAAGGAGCCACAAGCCGCGAGCAUAACGAAGAAGACUAUAUGACCGUUACAAUUCCACCAGCGGCCGAAACAAAGCCUGAUGAGAAUACUAAACCCACCAAGGAGAGAACACCAAGUCGUAAGCAAAAAGAAGAAGAAUAUAUGACCGUUACAAUUCCACCAUCUGUCGAAACAAAGCCGCCUGAUCAGAUUAAUGAACCCAACGAGGAAAGAACAGAAAGCCGCGAGCAUAAAGAAGAAGAAGACUAUAUGACCGUUAUAAUUCCACCAGCUCGCAAAUCAAAGCCUGAAAAUGAGAAACAAGACAUGAAGGCCGACAAAAAGCAGGAAAAUGCUGAUGGCGAUGAUAGUACAAACCCGCCGCCUUUACCAAAGCGUCUAGAAAAAUCGAAAACUGAAGUCGAAGAAAAAGACGGAAACGUACAGGAUGAAAUAUGCAUCAUUCCGACAUCAUUACGUAGAUGUAAUAAGAUUGUUAUAGAUGGGUAAGCUUCAGCCAGGUCAGGCACAUUUACCACCAACAUGCAGCAUUUCAAAGAUUUUUCCUCACCAAUCUGUUUUGGCCAUGUGUGAACGAUAGUAUAAUACUGCAGUACAUUUGUGAUAUCACAUUCAUUGACGUGUUGAGUCUAAGCUUGAGACUCAGAAUCAGAAACGUGAGUUUUAAAAUAUAUGUUAUAUGAACAUGUUUAAUAAAAGAUGUGUUGAUAAAAUUAACGUGUAUAUACAGUUAUGUGCAUUAUAUUUUUUUCAACAUUUACCAAUAUUGUGAUUCUCUUAAAGCAAUAUUUGAAUAACAUUAAAAUUGCAGUAAUGAGUCUGAACUUCUGAGUUUGAGUUCUAAAUAUUAGUCAAUGGACUUACCAGUGUUUCAAGUUAUGUAUGUUUAUUUACAGUAACGUGUAUAUGUACCUGGAUAAAAUGAAGCAUAAAUAAUACAUUUGCCAAGUGAAACUGACUUUAACACAUCAUAUUGUGUUCAUGUUUAAAUUCACGUUUAUGAACAGGUUUAGUUGUUUGCAAUUUAUGUGUAUGAAUAGUACUUUGAAGUAUUCUUUCACUGUUUCAUCACUUUCUGAUGUAGAUCGACAUUGUUCUUGCUAUACACUUUCCUGUUAAACGUACUCAGUUAUUUUUAUUUUUUAUGUACUCUUUGUGUUUUCUUAAAUUUAAUAAAUAUUUA